AUGAGGAAAUUAUAUCUUCACCCACAGGCAGCUCUUCAAAUGUCACAGCAUUGCACAUUAACAAAAUAUAUUAACAUGAAGGAAUUCCCAGAUAUUUCAUAUUUCGCAGGCGCUUUAUAUGGCAUUGAAGAUGCUGAUAAAAUCGAAGUUAUUUCCACAUUUCAGCUAGCCAUCAAGAACGACAAUGGGAAAAUCGUUGUAAAUCGCGCUGCUUAUGAAGAACUUGAUAAAUACGAACUUGAUAUUCACAAAUCAGAGAAAGCUCUUGGAUUUUACUGGAUAGGCAAUAUCCCUGACAAGGAAUUGGACUUAAUUACUGCAGAAUUAAAUAUUUUUUACCCUGUUUUGUGCAGAAUCAAAUUUACUGGUGAAGACGAGCAUCCUAUUAAAUUGUUUGCCCAAGAAGAUCAGAAAUGGAAGGAAUGCAAGUACAGCUAUCGCACUGAAAACCCAGAACACAUUUGCAUUUCCGAACUUCAAUCUGGUGGCGACGUAAAGAAGUCAAUUGAGUUUACAAUAUCAGCAUACAAAGAACUCGAGCGCAAUCUCGACUUAAUCGAGUGCCAUCUCCAGAAAAUAAAGAAUAAAGAAGUCGAAUUUGAUGAAGAUUUCGUUCGCAAGGCAAAUGAGAUCGGAAUUUGGUUUAGAAAUACAUAUGAGACUGAUGCAGAUAUCUCAUCUAUAGAAGAAGCUAACUUGGGUCUCUUGUCCGGCCAAUUAACUCAAUUAACAUUCCUUGCAAUGAAGAUGAUCAAACCAUUCUCGAAACCAGUCCCACGCGGUGAAUCUUCUCAAUUCCUUUGA